AUGAGACUCUAUAUAUAGUAAAUAAAUACCAUACCUACUGUAGGGUCGAAUAACGUUAAAUUUUGUACGUGCUCUUAAUUCGAUCGACCGACAGGUAUACUUCGUUGCUUCUAAGCCAUUAGCAUAAUGUUGAAUGGGUGGUCAUCGUCUAUUAUAUGUUCAUGGCGACUAUGCUACGCUCUUGGCGCUCUUCUAUGCUUCCUCACAUGGGGCGGCGAAGCAACCAUAAAGCUGCCGGACGGAACAGUUAUUCCGGCGAUCGUCGCCUUCGGGGAUUCCAUCAUUGACCAGGGCAUGAACAACUAUAUCCCCGCCAUCGCCAAAUGCAACUUUCCGCCGUACGGGGAUGACCUGCCCGGUGGAAAUCCCACCGGACGCUUUAGCAAUGGCAAAACCGCUAUUGAUAUUAUAGCUGAAGAACUUGGAGUAAAAGAGCUAGUGCCACCUUAUUUGGAUCCCAAUUUGCAAAUUGAAGAUCUGAAAACGGGAGUCAGCUUUGCAUCGGCAGGAUCUGGAUAUGAUCCUCUAACAACACAAAAUGGGGGAGGUAUCUCAUUGUCCCAACAGUUAGAUUACUUUAGAGAGUACCUAAAAAAACUCAGGAACGUGUUAGGAGAAAACGAGACAAACUUCAUAACAGAAAACAGUCUACUAUGGGUGCUUUCCGGAAGUAAUGACAUUGCAAUCACCUACUUCACCUUGGGACUUCGUCGAUUACAAUACACCAUUGAUGCCUACACAGACUUUAUGGUUGAGAGUGCUUCGAGUUUCAUCCAAGAAUUGUAUGGGAUAGGAACUCGAAGGAUUGGGGUAUUCAGUCAGGUACCAAUAGGAUGUGUGCCGGCAAUGAGGACACUCAAUGGAGGCAAUAGUUGGAAUUGUGCAGAGAAACAAAAUGAAGUAGCUAAACUUGUCAAUGCUAAGUUAUCGGAUGAGAUUGAUUUCCUUUCCAAAACAUUACCCGGUGUGAAGUUGGUUUUCAUAGACCUUUACCAUCCUCUUCUUGACCUCAUCCAAAAUCCCGGAAAAUAUGAUUUUGAGGAAAGUGAGAGGGGGUGUUGUGGAACAGGAAAGUUAGAGGCAUCAUAUUUGUGUAACAAAUUCUCGCCAACAUGCAAAGAACAUGACAAGUUUAUAUUUUGGGAUAGUUUCCAUCCAACAGAAGCGUGUAACAAGAUUCUCGUAGAGCAGAUACUGCCCAAGUACAUUUCACAUUUAACUUAGUUUACUUAAUUGUUAUAACAUUUAUAUAUUAUGUUCAAUUUAAUUGUAUUAGUGGGCUUUUAAUUAAACAGUGGGCUGUCCAUAUGUAAUUAGGAUGGUUUCCACUACGUCUAAUAAAUAGAAAACGUAAUAGCGAAUUAUGCCUAAGAGUUCACAAUAUUCAUACGGCCGCAUAUAUUAUUGUAAAGCACUCACUUGUUUGUACGUAUUACGAAUCAUGUUGAAUACUUUGUAAUUCAUCACAAGUGUUCUAAAAGGCCUCAAAA